AGUAAACCCAGGGUUCCAAGCUAAUUCAGGUGGUGAUAGUUCCUGUGAAGAGUAAAGAUUCCCAAUUGUAGAGGAGCCCCGUAAGCACCAUCCACUGGGAAGCAAGGAGCAGUAUGACAGAGCCGUCUGUGUGAGUCUGAAGUGUGAAGACCACCGUAUCCACCAGAAGAUCCAAGAUGGAUCUCCAUCAAAGCACCACAGUCAGGCUCCUGCAGGAAUGGUGUUCCCACGAGUCACCAUCUGGCUGCAGGAGACAUUAUAAUACCAGGAAAAAACUGAAGCUAAUUCGAGUCAUUGGCCUGGUCAUGGGCCUGGUAGCUGUGAGCACUGUCCCGUUUUCAAUCAGUGCCUUUACUGAGACAGACUCUCAGAACAACAGAGGAGAAGCCAGUGAUGUGACGGGCCCUAGGGCAGCACCCGGUCACCGUCAAAGAACUCUCUUAGACUUAAAUGACAAGAUUCGAGAUUACACCCCACAGCCACCUGCUUCUCAGGAAGACCGAUCUGAGAACGGUACUGAUCACGCCCAGGGAGACUACCCAAAGGACAUCUUUUCCCUGGAGGAGCGAAGGAAAGGUGCCAUCAUUCUCCAUGUCAUCGGAAUGAUCUAUAUGUUCAUAGCCUUAGCCAUCGUCUGUGAUGAGUUCUUUGUUCCUUCUCUAACUGUCAUCACUGAAAAACUGGGAAUCUCUGAUGAUGUGGCCGGAGCCACCUUCAUGGCCGCAGGCGGGUCAGCCCCAGAACUUUUCACAUCUCUCAUAGGGGUCUUCAUUGCGCACAGCAACGUGGGCAUUGGCACCAUCGUAGGUUCCGCCGUGUUCAAUAUCCUCUUUGUUAUUGGCAUGUGUGCUCUGUUUUCUAGAGAAAUCUUAAACCUGACCUGGUGGCCGCUCUUUCGGGAUGUGUCCUUCUACAUCGUUGAUUUGAUCAUGUUGAUCAUAUUUUUCCUGGAUAACGUUAUCAUGUGGUGGGAAAGCUUACUCCUCUUAACAGCUUAUUUCGCCUAUGUGGUUUUCAUGAAGUUCAACGUCCAAGUGGAGAGAUGGGUGAAGCAAAUGAUAAAUCGCAAUAAAGUUGUCAAGGUGACAGUGUCAGAAGCCCAAGCCAAGGCAUCUACAGCUGGGGACAAGGAAGAGCCGACGUUACCGAAUAAGCCACGCCUCCAGCGAGGUGGAAGCUCCGCCUCCCUCCACAACAGUCUCAUGAGGAACAGCAUCUUCCAGCUCAUGAUACACACCCUUGACCCACUCGCUGAAGAACUUGGAUCAUAUGGAAAACUAAAAUAUUAUGACACAAUGACUGAAGAAGGGAGGUUCAGAGAAAAAGCUUCAAUUCUCCACAAGAUUGCCAAGAAGAAAUGCCAAGUGGAUGAGAAUGAGAGGCAAAAUGGAGCUGCCAAUCAUGUGGAUUAUGCCGCAGAAAAAAUUGAGCUCCCCAACAGCACGAGCACAGAGGUGGAAAUGACUCCGUCAAGCGAAGCUUCGGAACCUGUGCAGAAUGGAAACCUCUCUCACAGCAUCGAAGCUGCAGAUGCCCCGCAGGUCACAGAGACCGCUGAAGAAGAUGAUGACCAGCCCCUCAGCCUCUCCUGGCCGUCCAACACCCGCAAGCAGGUCACCUUCCUAAUCGUUCUUCCCAUCGUGUUCCCUCUCUGGAUCACCUUACCUGACGUCCGCAAACCUGCUUCCAAGAAGUUCUUCCCUAUCACGUUCUUCGGCUCCAUCACCUGGAUCGCAGUUUUCUCGUACCUGAUGGUGUGGUGGGCACACCAGGUUGGAGAGACAAUCGGCAUUAGCGAGGAGAUCAUGGGCCUCACCAUCUUGGCAGCUGGGACCUCUAUCCCCGAUCUCAUCACCAGUGUCAUAGUGGCCCGAAAGGGCCUGGGGGACAUGGCCGUGUCCAGCUCCGUUGGAAGCAACAUCUUUGACAUCACUGUGGGGCUCCCACUGCCCUGGCUCCUCUACACCAUCAUCCACAGAUUCAAGCCAGUGACUGUCAGCAGCAAUGGCCUCUUCUGUGCCAUCGUCCUCCUCUUCAUCAUGUUGAUUUUUGUCAUCCUCUCCAUCGCCCUCUGCAAGUGGCGGAUGAACAAAAUCCUCGGCUUCAUCAUGUUUGGCCUCUACUUCGCGUUCCUGGUGGUCAGCGUCCUCCUGGAAGACAAAGUUCUCGAGUGCCCUGUCUCCAUCUAGUGGAAAAGCCAUAUCUUAAACCAACAGCAUGGAUGGUCCCUCCCGGCUCUGGGCUCCAGGCUCCUUGCAGUCUUGAGAAGAGGCAGCUUGUGCACAGCCCUGGGAGGCAAGUGUCCCUCCUUGAAAGGUUGGAGGAAGGAUGGAUUCCCACGGGGCCACUCACUUCACAGGCCCCUCACCCUUGCCUGCUGAAAUGACUCCGUGUUAGAGACAAAGAGGACUGUCUCUCCAUCCCCACUGACAGGUACUCCUCGCUGGUCAGAGGUACGUUCAUUGUGAUGAUGCGAAAGAGGACAGAGGCCAUACAUACAUAUAAAUAUUAUAAAUAUAUACACAUGAGCAUACAGAUCUUGCCUGUUUCUGUACUAUACCUCUCCUCCUAUACCUAUAGAUUAAUACAUAACUGUACACAAACAGAAAGAAAAAUUAUAUAUAUAUAUGAAAACAUAUAUAUUUAAGUGCAAAUGCAUCUUUUCAGGGAUAGCUCUAGUAUAUUUAUAGUACCUAUUUGAAGAGGGGCAUCAACCUUCAACCUUCAGUUUGUGCUUUGCCCCUCGAGUGCAAAAGCUGAGUUAACAGAAUCCGUAGGCAAAGCGCUCCUUGCUGUGAUCUCUAGCCUGCUUUGGAUGGAAUAAGUUUAGUGAAAUACUUUGCGGAAAGGAGAGCUUAAUAGAAGGAGUCCGUAGGAGCCCCAGUUAGAACCUCUAAAAUACUCUCACAAGCCAAAAAGAAUCACCCUGCUCAUCCCCACUGGGGCGCUCUGACACCCCCAGGAUUCUGUAAGACAGAGGUAAAACUCAGACUGACUGACAACCAGGGGGCGGGGAGGGUGCGGCAUCUGUUGAGGGUUAGGCUGUCUUGUUUUGUUUUGUUUUGUUGUAAUACCCCAGCAUGCAAGUAGAUGAUAUGAAUGAAAAACCAAAUUAGUGAUUUUCUAGGACAGCAAAAUUAUAUAAACCGAGCCUAUCAUGUUCCAGUGCAUGGCCCAUUAUCAUCAAACGAACAAGGGCAAUCUUAGCCGUGAUUGUCAUUUGACAAGCUUUAAUGCCAAGGGCUCCCACACAGUCCAAAGUCCUGCCAAGAGCGCUGAGAUGUGUGCUGAGAAACACCAUCCAGCAGAGGUGCUCAGUGGGGGUGGCCACCCGAUGGGAACAUAGGGCAUAGCUCCUUAGAGCACUUCUCAGUGUGGUCACAAAGGGCUGCAGUGUCUAAGGAUCAUUCCCAAUAGAGCUGAACUAAGGAAUGACAGUGCUUGAUUGAGGCAGUUCAGGUUUGUUUGCAGAGACAUUUAGCCGUUUCGUGUGUGCCUCACCCCACCCCCAGAACAGUUUCCAAGUCCUGUGUCACGGAUUUGGUCUGUAGACCCACGCAACAUCUGUAUCCCGCCUCUAUCAUAGCCCCGCCUGGACCUGUAGCAUCCCAAGCACAGUGGAGACUAUAUAUCUUCCAUCAUUUCUUUACAUUACUUUGAAGCAGUCACUCUUAUAUCUUGAUCAGCUUCACAUGGGGGUCAUCUCACUCAUGGAGUGUCCCUAAGCUCUGAAUGACUUCAAAGCUCUUGUCUGACUCCCUAAGCCCUUGUGUGAUUUCUCGGGUUCAUUUCAGUAGAAAAUGGGACUGGUUGGCAGCAAGUUAAAUUGGAGAAAAAAAAAUGUGCCGAGUUUUUCUUUUCCCUAAACCAUGCUUUCUCCUUAAAAUCAACUGAAAAAGUGAAUAAAGGGUGGCCACCUGCAUGUAAAUCGGCACACGUCAUACACAGAGAAUGUCACCACGCAUUCACAUCCUGAUCUGGCACUUCGCCUUUUCUGACUGUCGUGAACACCCCUUAACACAGGGAGGCAGGACACAGAGCUCAGAGCUGAAUAAAAAGGUUGGGUAACCCAAUACCCCAGCCCAAGCUCAGCAUUCCAUCUACAAACACCCCAUUUACAGAGCGUGGCAACAGGAGGCAGAGCCAAGCCCCCUCACCUCUCCUCACUCACAAGCAAAAGGCACUUCAAAGUGGAGGCCCCCUGAGGACACGAGAAAUAAAAAGGUCCGCCUGGCUUUCAAGUCUCUCCAACAAUGCAGAAUUGGGUUUUCAAUGGUGAAAGAGAAAUCCAUGCCCCAUUUAUCAAGGGUUGAACUUUGUAUGGGGCAAGCGUUUGUGUUGCUUCCUUACAGAGAAAGACAAAGGGAAAGUGAGUUUUCAGUUUUCAAAUCUCAGAUUCUUGUCCUGGCUGCCGGGCGAGAGCCCAAUGAUUGUUGGAUAAAUUCUUUUUCCUGGUUGGUUUAUUGCUUAAAACGGAUUUUUUUUAACCAACUACAAACAGACUGUAAAGUAAAAAAGAUCACAGAAUGUAUGCUCCUACCAUUACUAUCCCCUCCUCACCAAAAAGCCAGGAAGCACUCCAGAUGCCUAAGAGCUGAGAGCUCUGCUUCAUAGGAAGGGUUGUGGUCUUUAACAACAUUCCCAAAGCCAGUCCCCACCUCCACGGUGUUCCCCCUCCCUGAGAGGUGCAGGCCCCAGCCGCUGCCGGUUCUUGCUGCCUUUGUUGAGGAGUGUGUGGCUAUGUGGCCAUAUGUUGUCCUGGAAUCAUUCACAUCAUUGUAAAACUGCUUCCUACAGGACAGAUUCAGAUCAUCUCUAAUUUCUCUCUUGCACAUCAGUGUGCGCAAGUGUACUAGAUCUGCUGGCACACAAAUAUCAAUGCCGCCAUCCCCUUAUUGGCCCACCCAGUCACAUUUGGAAUCCCAAAGCACAGAGUAUCAAAUUUGACAGUCAAGAAAGAGAAAACUCGUGCACACCAACCAAAGUGAACAUUUAUGAAAAAAAGGGGGUUUAGUUUUAUUCUGUGCACAUAUACACACAAACAUUCACAUUUAAACACUCCAACCCCACAGAAUAUUGGAAAUGGCAGCUGUGUCCCUAAUGCUUUCAGAGAAGCAAAAGUAUGCAACAAGAGGCAGGGGAGACAAAUUUUAGAUUGCUGUCUCCUUGUUUCUCUGGAGCAGGGUACAAAAUAAUAUCAAAAGUUCAAGCCAAAAUUUUAUCACUCCUAAAAUAAAGGAAUUGGGCCCACAUUUGCUCACAGAAAACCAAGCCAGUCUUGCUUGCUGUCACCUCUCCUAUAGCCUCAGGAAACCCUGAAACAGGAGAGGAACUUGGUUCAGAUUGAGGAUUCUAAAGCAGAAACUCGUAGAUCUGCAUUUGAGAGUGUCCAUGACACCUGCCCUCUGGACCCAGUCAGUUCCUAGUGGGAUGAAGCAUGAGGUUAAUGGUGUUGUUCAAGUUCUCAGGACCGAAACAUGCCAGACAGAGUCAGCAGGGCAGAGAACAUGUGCAGGCGCUCAGGGAUGGGGCUGUUCCUCAGCUCAGCAGAUGAUGCAGAAUGUCUGAAGCCUCACUUUAGUGUCCUGAAAAGAGGCAAGGACCGUCUCAUGAUCAAGGAAACCACUUUGCAGGGCCUCUGACAGAGGCCAUUAGAAUUUAUUUUGUAGGGAAGACAUGAGUCAGGUGACUUGGAGGCCUUUCAGCAAAACACAGCUGUCUCCAUGACAAGAUUUUUGGUAACCUUAACAUACAUCUGCUCCUGGCCAGAGAGAGUUGGCCCACUUCCCUACACCACCACUUCCCACAUCUUUUAAAUGCCUCUGUGACUUGAGAUGAAGUGAGAUAUGGCCUGUAAAAGAAGGUUGUCCACACCCAGUCCACCUUAACAGAAAGACGAUCACAGAAGAGACAACUGUUAGAGCUGCUGGCCAGUCAGGGGGGACGAUGGAACUUGAAGUGUUCUCUUGAGAGAAUUGCACUGAAGAUUUGAUAGGGUUUGAUGCCUGCCUGAAUGAAGCCUGUCAGAGAAUUUCAGUGAGCUUUCAUACAAACACACACACAUACACACACACACACACACACACACACACACACACACACACCUCUGUAUGAACAGGCAUACGCACAAAUUAUAUCCUUCCUUGCACCCAGAAAGAUUGAGGCUCCAUCAAGUAGCAUGUUAGAGACAGCAGGUCUGUCGCAGGAAAAGCAUGCUAUAGAAACUUUCAAUUAGCAGACAAGGCCUUCCCAUUAAGAGGGAGUUGGAAGAAAAAUAUAAAAAUCAAAGGGGGGAGGGGGGAGAGAAAAUAACUUAUUAGUAAUGGGAUUCCUAAGAAAGCAACCAAAAUAUAUCAUGAUGUUUUAAAGUGGUUACAAAUAGCAGACAUUUUUAAACAAUUACUGGAGUCUAUACAUAGCCUACAUUUGAAAAGCACGUGUCAAGAAGGACUCAGGAAAGAAAGGUACCUGUGCCUUGCCCCAGUGUCUGUCUGAGCUUAGUUUACUGCCUUUGGAUCUUUGUGGUCCUUUUUAAUCUCACAGCUUUGUAUUCCUUGACAUGUAUAAGCUAAGAAAAGCAAUAAAGGAAAUACAGCCAGCUCACUCCAAUACCGAUUAUUAUACCUUCCAGCUAUUUCCCUCACGUCACUGGGCACUUUAGGUCCACAGAGGCUAUGGUGCCACAGCAAGGGGACAUUGGCUUCUGUGCAGUCACAGAUGUGCUCACAUUCGCUACAUCUAGAAGUAGCUUGCUUCCCAUAUAGACCGCCUAGACAGCAUGCAUCCACAUGCCUUUCUCACACGUAGACAAUCAACCUCGCUUUAAACUACCUAAACGGCACCAAAGUCUUUAAUCUUGCUCAUGAGUCUGUUCUUAGGAAAGGGUAGGAGAGAGGGCCACACAGACAAAUGCAUGACCUGGCCAGGCUUUGAGAGACCAACCUAGUCCUGAAAGUCUAAGCACCCGGAUUCAAAUUAUUGUACAGAGAGGGGGACUGAAUGGAGAAGUGUGGUGCUUAAGCCAAAGCACUUUUCCUAAAUGACCAAUGGGCUGACUGGAAAAUUAAUAAAUACCUAAGGGUGAAGGAAUGCCGUGGACUUGCAUGGACUCCCACCAGAGACUGAUUCCACUGGGGGAAUCUGUCUGCUGAUUACCAUAGUACAAAGGACUACAGAUAGUAAGUCAUCUUGGGAUAUCAGCAAAGAGCUCCUAGUGUAACCAAGGUCAAUGUUUAACACUGACAGAAGAGUCCUCAUCCAGCUUAACCCCCAAGACCCUACAGCUGAUGACUUCACCCUUUUUUUGUUUGGAUGAUUUGGUUUGGUUUGGUUUCGAACACUUUUUGAUCUUACGCAUGACAAGGUUGAAAGUUGCCACUCUGGGACCCUACACCUAUUUUCAUCAGAAGCAUCCUUGAAGUUUUUGUUUGUUUAGGUGUUUUCUUCAGCUUUCUCCUCUUCCUCCUCCUCCUCCUCCUCCUCGUUUUUCUCCUCUUCCUUUUCUUCCUGCUGAUGCCACUAUUCCUACACAGUGUAAAGAUUCAAAAGUUCUAGACCUUUAUCCCCAACAGCACUUUUCUGUGUCCAGAGGAGUCCUUUCUAGUUGCUACUGAAUGGCAGGCAGAAUCCAUAACCACAGAGGUGCAUACCUUCCAAGGACCAGUAGACUUGAAGGCGGUACCAAUGGGAGUUGGUUGUCUGGUGUCAAGAUGAGCACUGGCACAGUGUUAUCAUAGAGUGCUAGUGAGGUCAAGGUUGUAGCCUUUUUUGUACCCUGCAUCUUCGUUCCACAUAGUCAAAAAGGAAACAGGAAAGGAGCCACAUUGAAUCACUCCAAGACUCUGGGUUUGUGCUUGCCUGCAUUGAUUACUGGGAGGAAGUCAUUUCAAAUGGGAGGUCAGAGAAAGGCUUGGGCUCCUCUUGCUAUGAGUCCCACGGUGCGAUUACUUUCGUAUGCAGAUGGGUGGUAGAAACAGUGAGGUCACUUCCUGACCUGGGAAUCUGGUCACCAAAAGAUGGGGAUUUUCCCUUCGGUUGCAGUUUCUUCAUAAUGGAUAUGUAAAUAACGGAGCCUUGGACACUGACAGGUCUCUAGAACUCUCAGCUAGCCAAAAAGAUACUAAUUUUCUCAAAUCAAGUUACAUACACACAAACAAGAAAAAAGUGAAAUGUCAGAAUCCCAGAAUAAAAUCAUUUCCAGAAUGAAACUGCAUGUGUGAAUUAAGGGCAGAGAAUUCCUCGCCAGUUAACCCAAUGACUCUCCAAUUCUUACCAUCAGGAUAAAACUGAAGGACAAAGGAUGCCUUUUGGGUUUUUUAAUUUUUUUAAUAUUGCACUUUAUAGUAUUUCAUAAGAGACGAUUGUCUUAAUUAAAGCCAUAAAAUACCAAUAAUGCAUAUAUUCAGGGCUUCUGGAUAUAGUCAAUAAACAGUCCACGGGUCAUUCUGUGUGUUGUUCGUUGUAAAAUGAAGUUUAUCUGUUCUGUUUUUUAUUACUUAAACUACUGUUCUAGACAAUCCUAAAAAAUUGUAGGUGUGUAUUUUAAGCAAACUUUGAAAAUCAAAGAAAUUAUUCAUUUCAUGGAAGAAUUCUUCAUUUUCAAAGCAACUCAUUGCAUGGUUUCUUUAAGUAGCAAGUUCCACUAUUGCACUGAAAAUAUUUCCUUUUACAGAUCCUAAGAUUAUUUUUCAGGAAUCCAUUUGCUAUGUUAAGCAAGAUUCGCCCACGUGGAGAUUGAAAUAGAUGAUUAGCAAACAUGCCUGGAAAAAUUAGGAUGUGCUUAUGUUCUUAUAUAAAUAUAUGAUGGGUCUAAGAAGUUCCCUUAUAAAAAUGGCAAGCAGAUAUACAACCUGUCGAUAAUAUCUUAUACCUAUAUUUGCAUACGUCCCUGGAAGGACAAGCAAAAACAACAGACUUCAUGGUGUGCUGGGUGGUCAGUUUCCUUUCCUGUCAAAACAUGGUUUCUGACUGGGGGUGGUGAGUUGUCCACGUAUAGAUAUGGACAGAAGUUCUCGAGACUCAAACCCUUCACAUUUCACUUUGUAAUGCAAUCAGAGUGAAGGCUGGGAUGAUGACUAAGGGGCACAUGAGAGCCUAGAACAAUCCACACAGGAGGGUAGCAAAGUCACCUGCUAAGCCCCAGUAUUAAAUAGAACAGCCCCAUCCGUAGUCUUAGGCUUAAACAGACAACUUGCCCCAGAGAAAAGUAUCUGAAUGCAGAGUCGGUGGCACUCCUCUAUCACGGGCUAUGUGGAGGCCCAAGGCUCUCAAAGAGUCUGAUGGAGUCUUGCCCAUCAAGAAUAAAGAGAGCUUCUGUUGAAUUUGGCAGAGUCCACCUUGGUCCCUGUGCCUAACCUUGUUCUUUCAAGUCUCCACAGCAACAGCUCCAUCUUCACAGUGCAGACUCAGAGAGGUACAUGAGAAGAAAAAAAAAGAAUAUAUAUAUAUGGGAGACUCACAAGCCAGGUAUGAUGGCACUCCUGCAAUCCGAGAAGUGAGGAGGUAGAGGCAGGAGAAUUAGAAGUUCCUGGUAGCUUUGGCUACACGAGACCCUGUCUCAAAAAUUAAAAAGAGUAACAAACACUACCCUCUUGGUUUGAUGAAGCCACUGCUUAGCACAAAAGAAAAGAAAAUCUAUAUAUUUUUUAAACAGAAAUAUUAUUAUGUUGAUCCUAACAUAGAUAUAUAUAUAUACCCCACAAGAUAUAACCUGCUUUUUAGGUGGGUUGUGUUAAAAACAUAAAAAAAUAUAAAAAUGUACUCAAGAUCAUCUCUUUGGGGACCCACAAUCGAUUACUGCCAACCAAACCUUUUCCCUGCACUACAGCAGAACCCAUGACCCUGAUUAGUCGUGAUAUUGCACCCCGUAAAUAUGUACAGUAACCAUGCCAAUCAAAAGAAAUAAAACAAUUUUUAGAAUUUUUAAGUGAAUAUAUUUUGGAAAGAUCAAAAUAUAUCGGAAUGCCAUUUUUGUGAAGGAUCUUUUUAGGGGCGGUCUGGGUCUCACACGGUCUUCGAUUGCCUGCAUUCUAGAGCAGCAUCUUAGCCCCUGUCUUCACCCCGCCAGACUCCAGGGGGUGCACUUUAAAGUCAUCUUCGUCAUUCUGUGUUUGUUGUGAGCAGUUUUCUCUGGCUGGCUGGACGUACAGCAACUCCGUGUCAUUUACUCUGUGACUCUGUCUGUACAUAACUGGAAUUCAGAGGGCACCUGUACAUAGGCUGUUUGGAGUGGUGUUUGGGUCACGUGCUUGGGUCACGUGGUCUCGCUCUGACAAAGGGUUUUCUUUCAUGUUCCACUGUCUGCAUCCCUGUGCUUGUACUACUGAUAACCAACUUACUGAAUACACUUUAUGUAACUAAGUCUCCUCCGUGUAAAAGUAACAAUAAUAAAACAAUUGACU